GCGUGGGAGGAACAAAAUCGAGGAAAAGGAUCUCCAUCUCUCUCUUUGUUCGAUGGGUUCUGCCGCUCUCUCUCUCUUACCUGAACUCCCGUUCUGCUUUUCGUCUCUCUCUAGCCGGAGGAGAGAGGCGCCCCGUGGAUUACGCCCGUAAAGGGGCAAAUUCCGGCGGCUUUGUGUUUAGAUAGGGUACGAAGUGGGGGGGAACCAUGGGAGGUGGCGCUGAUCCAAACGAGGAGGUGAGCGUCCACGCCGGCGAUUGCAGCGUCACUGUCAAUAUCCGGUGUUCCAACGGCGGGGAGUUCACGGUGCGAGCAGAAUUGGGGUCCACCGUCGCUGCGUUCAAGGCGGUCGUGGCGACGGGCUGCGAAAUCCCGGCCGAUCAACAGCGGCUCAUCUAUAAGGGACGGCUUCUCAAGGACGAUCUGACUCUUGACAGCUACGGCCUGCAAGCUGACCACACUGUUCAUCUUGUCCGUGGCUUUUUACCGUCUUCAUCAGUUAAUAGCCCCAAUAUGACGAACAGUAGUGUUUCACAUAACAGCACCCAGGGUUCAGUAAGGACUACUGUUUCUGUUGAUAAUGGAGAUUUUGGUGGGAUGGAUUUUGGAGGCAUGCUUUUCCCUGGAGUUAGUGGGAAUAGGGCAUCUAACUUGUUUGGAACUGGACUUCCGGAGCUUGAACGUGUGCAGCAGCACGUGACUCAGAACCCCAACAUGGCGAGGGAAACAAUAAACAUGCCUGUUAUACAGGGACUUAUGAAUGACCCUGAUGUAAUGCGUAACUUAAUCGCUAGCAAUCCCCUUGUGCGUGAAAUAAUAGACAGAAAUCCAGACCUUGGUCAUGUACUCAAUGAUCCUAGUAUUCUUCGUCAAACUCUGGAAGUAGCCCGAAAUCCCGAACUCAGGCGUGAGAUGAUGCGGAACAGUGACAGAGCCCUGAGAAAUAUAGAGUCUUCUCCUGAAGGAUUUAACAUGCUUAGGCGCAUGUAUGAAACUGUUCAAGAGCCAUUUAUAAACGCGUCAACUAUGACAGGAGAUGGUGGAAAUGAUCUUAGGUCAAAUACUUUUGCUGCUUUAUUAGGGAACCCUGAAGCAGGCCAGGCAAGAGAGCGUUCUCUGAAUCCUUCAACUACUGGGUCAGAAACGACAAUGGGUUCUCCUGGGCCAAACACCAACCCACUCCCUAAUCCUUGGGCUGGAGGCGCUCAGACGAAUAGCACUGCUACAAGGCCUGCUUCUGUGUUGGACACCAGAACUCCUCGAACAGGUCGGCUUGGUUUUCCUGGACUUAGUCGGAUGCUUGGUGGCCUCCCUGAUCCAUCUGUUCUGAGUCAAAUGGUGCAAAAUCCUGCUGUAACUCGGAUGAUGCAGAACCUUCUUUCUAACCCUCAAUAUAUGAACCAGAUUCUUAGUUUCAAUCCCCAGCUACGCAGUCUAUUAGACUCCAAUUCCCAGUUGAGAGAGACGAUGCAAAAUCCAGAGUUCCUUCGUCAGCUCACAUCCCCAGAGACUUUGCAGCAAAUCAUGUCAUUUCAACAGGCUUUUUCCUCUCAGCUUAGUGGUCAGCAAACAAACCACGGGCAAGGAAAUGGUGGAGGUGCUGGCACUCCUAACAAUCUGAACCUGGACUUAUUGAUGAACAUGUUUGAAGGACUUGGUGCUGGUGGGCUGAAUGUUCCCAACACUUCGGAUGUUCCUCCAGAACAACUUUAUGCAACUCAGCUGUCCCAGCUUCAAGAGAUGGGCUUCUUUGAUACCCAGGAGAACAUUCGUGCUCUGAGCGCAACACAUGGGAAUGUUAGUGCAGCUGUUGAACGCCUUUUGGGAAAUCUUGGUUAGUAGAGUAGGUGGUCGACUUCUUCGUCUGUUUAAGCUACAAUCAGUCUUUCAUUGAUCCAUCUGUCCCUACCUGGUUGUGACACACUCCUUUGAAGAUGGCAGAACAUGCAGACACCGGAUUUCUUUUUUUACAUGGAAAAUAAGGUAUUGCUGCAGAGUGAUCAGAUUUUGAUUUAUCGAAAUCUCCUGCUUGCCAUGAGCAUGUGAAAAUCACCUAUGCUGUACAUACAUGACUUCUGGCGUGCUCUUGGGUUUUGCUUCUGAUAAUUGUGUGGUUAAAAUUGUAACAUUAAAUGUUAGAUGGUGGAUAUUGUUUCUUUUUUUUUCCCAUGGAGACGAUGAAUCAUCGGGAAUUGGUCUGUUUGUAAUUUGCGCUCUGUCUCUAUUUUCCACGGAGCUUCUGUCUAGUUGGGAAAUGGGUCACCUGUAUCAUUCCUGCUGUACAGUUUCAUUAAGAGCAACUAUAUUCAGUUGAUGAGUUCA